GUACAAUGGUGCGGUCUUUAUUUCCGGCUAAGGCGCGCUGUGUGAGAACAUGAAAAAAAUUGGUGUAAUUCUACCCCCAGUAUAGUCUUUUGCAAUUGUAUUUUCUGUUCAGCUAUCUGUUAGCUCUUCGCGCCAUGGGUAUUUUGAAAAUAAGUUCCCAAUGCAUCAGGGUCUUCUCUAGUUCAAGAAUGCUGUGUAAUGUACCACAUCAUCCCUCCGUACAGAGCUUCACUUUGAUGCGGAUGAUCCCCAGCUUUCACACACUGUCAAGGCAUGGAGCAGGCGGUAAAGCACAACAGUUUGGACAAUGUACAAAAACAGGGGUUAUGGUACCACAAGCUAACGGUCCUGAUUAUCCUUCACAAGUGAUCAGACAGAUAUCUAGUCUAAGAAAUAAUGGCCUUCUGAAAGUUCCAUCUGUAUUAACAAAAGAGAAUGGGCUGGAAAGCAAAAUCAAGUUACCAAGGUGCUGUGGGCAUUUGCGACAGGUGUCCUCAUCCCAGAAUAACCAGCAGCCAAAAGGAGGCACAUCAAGAAUUCAACAAAAGUUGCCACUCAGAAUUGCUCCUAACGUCUUGAACAUUUUGUUCUUGCCCAGAAAUCCUUUACAUCUGCCAAAGAGAAAAAACUCCUCAGUUAAUAAUAAAAUGCAACAAACUUCUUCAAAAGGUGAUCUUGUGUACAGAGGUGAUCGGCUUAAUUUUGCCAAAAAGGUCAAACUUUUAUCAAUAGGUUUGUCAGCUCUAGGAGUUUCGGCUCAGCUUUGGUUUCUGUACACUGCAGAGACUAGCGCACAAAUGUACACCACUUUUAUACUGGGAGGCAUAGCGCUGCUAGUUCCCUGUCUUGUGCACAUGUGUAUACGACAGUAUGUAAGAGAGUUAUACUUUGAUCCUAGAACUAAAGAGUUUACAGCUGUGACUCUGAGUAUUUUAAAUAAAAACCACUACUUGCAUUUUACUCCGGCUGAUGUCACCAUAAAGAGAGCUCCAAUGGCUACCAUGCGCGUGGAUACAGCUGAUAGACUGUUGUACAUUGAUUUUGAAAAAAUGACGGAUAAACAAGCACGGAUUUGCUUGUUGAAGUUGGAAGCUUGGCAAGACUCAUCAAGAGAGAAGGAAGAAUGGGAGAAAUGGAAGAAAAAGAGACUGCAGUAGAGAAUGUUCUGAGUUAUUAUUGAAUAAAUUUGAUACAUACGCUGUCUUGAAUAAUAUUAUAAUAUAUAAAUAUAUUAUCUGUGAAGAGUUACAUGAUGCAUGGUCGGUGUAUGUAUAUUUCAUUUCUGGUCAUUGGAUCUCAUUGGAUAUACCGCAACCAUUUUCUACACUUAACACUGGACAAAACCGCGUAGCUUCAGGAAAAAAAAUAGCAACCUGGAAAAUGAUGACAAAGUGAGUAACUUAGCCAAAUGCAAGUAAAAAAGGAGAGUUACAAACCAAACACGAGCUGUAGCACGAGAGUCAUUUGAAAUGAUGUAGUUUUAAAACCUCCCUUUGUGUGUGGGGUUUGAUCUGCGGUUUUGUCCAAAUUGUUACAGAGCCUUGGCGCUCAAGAGAAAAUGCCAUUUACCAUGGGAAAUUCAUUAAUUAUGAAUUUUGGAGCAAAAAAAAAAGUCUUGUGUACCAUUGAAUUCUAUCGAUUUUUUUUUCACAAAUGUGUGGGUGAGAUCAUAGUGAAGUUUGAAAAUACUCAAUGCCCUGUUUGUAUCAUUUAGUGCCUCUUUUCAAUUCUUUUCCUUGUACAAUACUUCUGUAGUUCAUUGGCAAGUAGGCUCUUAUAUAGAGAACUUCCGUACCUUCUGCAUUUCUGGAAAAAUAUUUAGAUGCUUCUAGGAAAUUGCCUUAAAAAGAAACAUCUUCGAAUGUAUGUCACCACCCCCAGCAAAAUUGAUCAAUUAUCUUACUGCUGUACAUGUAUUUCUUUCACAUUUUUGAUUGCCACAUUUUUGCCUAUUUAGUUAGCCAUAUAUCACUUAAACCCAAUAUAG